AUGGCCGCCGUGCCCGGAGCGGCCCGUUGGGCCGACAUCGACGACCCCCCGCCCACCGGCGGGGCCUCGUCCUCGGCCGUCCGCGCCCGCUGGGCCGACCUGGCGGAGGAGGACGAGGCGGAGCAGGGGCGCCAGGCGGAGCACGGGGCGGCAGCGCCGCCCGGCGCCGCCGAGGCCAGCUGCGCAGCGGCCGCCCGGGACCUCGACGCCGCCAGCGAUUGCUCCACCUCCGCCGACGACGGCGCCGAGCCGCUGCGCGAGCGCGACGGGGAGCUGGCCAGCGACGAGGAGGAGGCGGCGCAGGGGGCCGCGGCGCCGCCGGCCGGCGAAAAGGGCAGGUCCGCAGGGCGCCCCACGGCCCGGGCGGCCGGGCGGGCCGAGUGGGGCGCGGCGCUGCGGCAGCACCGGGGCGGCCGGGUGGGCAGCGGCCCCUCGCGGGGCGGCCCGUGGAACUCGUGGCAGGGCAAGGAUCGGGCGCCGCCGAGAACAGCCGGGGCGCCUGGGGCGCCGCUGAGGACUCCUGGAAGGACGCCCCCCGGCGGCAUCGGCAGCAGCGGCGCCACGGCGCGGCAGCCGCAGGCAAGCGCCAGUGCCAGUUCACCAUCGGCAUCGAGGAGGAGCCGAGCUUCCGCGUGGUGCGCAGGCUGA